ACUGCUGCCUAAUUUAAUUCCUCUGCCUCAUUCCAGAGAUUCCUGAGAAAAACUGUCACCUUUCCAAAAUACCACGCAGGCCUGUUGCCGCUUCGCUCACAGCAGCACGUUCCAAUUCUCCAGCCCUUCCCAUUCCAACCCCAAGGAGCGCGCAGGAUCUCCCUGGAUAAGCCCAAAUUAACUCUAAAGGUGGGGGAACGAAACUUUCGGUCUUUUCCCUCCUCCCACCCCCCCGUUUCUCCUCCACUUUUUUUUUUAUUUUAAGAAAGCAAAGUUCAGAGAAAAUUUCUCCUCCAUUCAUCCAAUCAAAGCUAAAUGCUUGGAAUAUCUUCUGUAGGUAUUCUUCCUGAUAUCAUAGAGUCCAGUGCGAGGGCUAUCCCCUCCCGGGAGAUGGGGGAUGCUGGUGAGAAGGGUUUGGACAAUGAUGCUGAAGGCGUCUGGAGCCCUGACAUUGAACAGAGUUUCCAAGAGGCGCUGGCGAUCUACCCACCUUGCGGGAGACGCAAGAUCAUUCUGUCGGACGAGGGGAAGAUGUACGGUCGCAAUGAACUCAUUGCCCGCUACAUCAAACUGAGGACAGGGAAAACACGGACAAGGAAACAGGUCUCCAGUCACAUCCAAGUAUUGGCACGGCGGAAAACCCGUGAGAUUCAAGCCAAGCUCAAGGACCAGGUUGCCAAGGACAAAGCCCUUCAGACCAUGGCAGCCAUGUCUUCUGCUCAGCUGGUGUCUGCCACAGUCCUCCAGGAAAAACUGGGCCUCUCAGAACCCCACUAUCCACCCACCACUACGUCAACAGAGUUCUUCCAGUUCUGGACGGGGGAUGCCAGCCAGCCUCGGACGACUCCAGAUGUCAAGCCCAUCCUCCAGACACCAUACACCAUUGCACCAAUUGUCACAGCGCCCCCUGCUGUCCCAGGUUAUCACCCUCCCACAGGGAGACUCUCCCAUCUACCCAGUCCAGCCUCUUGGCAGGGAAGCCAGAUUGGUACAGAAACUCUUCGAUUGGUGGAGUUCACAGCUUUCGUGGAGCGGCAAGGCGAACAAGAGCCGCAGCAGCAUCGUUUUGUGCACAUUGACCCAGCGCCUGCCACGGACCCACCCCUGGAGAUGGUGGAUGUACGCCAAAUCUACGACAAGUUCCCCGAGCGAGGAGGGGGGCUGCGAGAUUUGUACGACCAAGGGCCUCCCCAUGCCUUCUUCUUGGUCAAGUUCUGGGCUGAUCUGAGCUUUCCCCUCCCUGAAGAAGAGCCAGGGGGCACAGGAGGGGCCUUCUAUGGGGUGAGCAGCCGAUACGAGGGCCCACGGGCUCUGACUCUGUGUUGCACCUCCAAGGUCUGCUCCUUUGGCAAACAGGUGGUGGAAAAACUGGAGACAGCCGAGCCGCCCCGUUGGGAAGACGGACGCUUUGUAUUCUGCCUGCCACGCUCUCCACUCUGCGAGUACCUCAUUAAUUUUAUCCGCAAAUUGCGAACGCUGCCGGAAAAGCCAAUGAUGGAUAGCGUACUUGAAAACUUCACCAUCCUGCAGGUUUUGCGGGAUCAAGAAACUCAGGAGGUGCUAUUGUGCGUGGCCUUUGUGUUCGAAGUCUCUGCCAGUGAGCGGGGAGCGCAGUACCACAUCUAUCAGCUGGGCCGGGACUGAUGGAAGGUUUUACUUCAACGUUGCUAUGACCUGAAACAGGCCACCCUCCUCUUGACAACACCUGCUAGGACAAUAGACUGUCUGAACUGCUGAGCCUUCUAGGAGAACCUGUUUCUGUCCCCUGGUACCCACAGGGGACCUGCAGCAACCAAUUCAGUCAACAGCCACCUCUCUUCCCUGGCUACAACAGGGCCAUCGAGCCCUGCCCCUCAGUGGCUACUGCUGUUCAGUGGACGCACUCUCAGCUGCAGCAACAGCUUUGGUAAUCCUGGCCUGGCUUGUGAAGGGGAUUGUGCUUUUGGUCAAUCCCCGUCCUGUAGGAUGGGAGCAGCAGAUAACCCUAUGCAGCCCCUCCCCAAUGUGAAUGAGACGGGCUUUACACUCCACAGCAAGACACGCUGUUUCUUAGCGCUGUUUUAU